UCCCCUCUUCCGCAGUCGGGCCCUCGCCUAUAUAUACCCACUCGUGUCGGUCUUGUGCUUGUUCCUUUUCUCAUUCCCCUCUUUCCCAUUUGGUUCAGAAGACUCCCCCUUCUCUCACACACAUCUCUCCCUCUUCCUUGGCCGCAUCUCUAGACGCAUCUCUAUCUAGUUGCCUUGUUGAUGGCCGCGACGAGCCAAGCAAGCCAAGCGAGCCUGCUCCUCGCGAAGCAGCUGAAAGAUCUUACCAAAAAUCCCGUGGACGGUUUCUCGGCCGGCCUGGUCGAUGAUAGCAAUAUUUUCGAGUGGAACGUGACGAUCAUCGGCCCCCCCGAUACACUCUACGAUGGUGGCUAUUUUAAUGCAAUUAUGAGCUUUCCUGCCAACUAUCCCAAUAGCCCUCCAACAGUCAGAUUUACAUCGGAGAUGUGGCAUCCAAAUGUUUAUCCUGAUGGACGUGUCUGCAUAUCAAUUCUUCAUCCACCUGGGGAAGACCCAAAUGGAUAUGAGCUUGCAAGUGAGCGUUGGACACCUGUGCAUACGGUUGAAAGCAUAGUACUGAGUAUCAUCUCCAUGCUUUCUAGUCCUAAUGAUGAAUCUCCUGCUAACGUUGAAGCUGCUAAGGAAUGGAGGGAGAGGAGGGAUGAAUUUAAGAAGAAAGUCAGCCGCAUUGUCAGAAGAUCCCAAGAAAUGUUGUAGAGCUUGAAAGAAUGGAGCUUUGAAGGAGAUCAGAGUGCCGGCCUACAUUCAUGCCUGUCUUGGUGCAACUCUUAUGGCACGGAAGAGAUCAAGGGUCUGCUGCAUAUCCAGUCGUAGUCUCUUACGGCCCUUCUAGAUUUUUCCAUCGUCUUCCAGUGGUGGUCUUGUUUUUGUCUAGCAAGAAACUGGGAUUGAUCGUUAUUUGGAUGUUUGCGUAUUUAUCGCGGGUUUGGUGAGUUUCGAGUGUCUUAGACUGUUUUCAUGGUUCUAGGGGACGCGUCUCACUACUACAACCCUUUUCUUUCUGUAAAUUACGAACCUUGCAGUUUAGCUACGUCGGACCGCGUUUAUAUUUUAUUAGUUUCUCCGGUGGCAUUUGACUGCAUAUAUUGAUUGCAAUUCUUUCUCUAAA